GCUGCUUAAUACUCUGGUAUAUUGUAUUUUCAAGAGCACUGGCACCUUUUAGGAUAUGCCGUGGCGGGCGUGGAGAAUGCCGUUAGAGGACUGGCGUCGUAUGUUAUAUUGUGCGGUGGACUGUUUCUUCUGACGCUACUGUCGCGCUGGGUCUUACAGGAAGCUAGGUAACAUGUGGAGGGCUUGCUUUGGUCGUUGCGGUGACAGGCCUCACGCAGCGCAACGCGUUGUUAAGCCCAUCCAGGGAGAGCAGCAUCUAGGUUGUGUACCUGUUUGUGAUGAAGGGAUUGAGCUCGCGCAUAAGAGAGCGGGCGGGGUUGACCACAAAUGCAGCGGGGCAGAGCUUUCGCACGCCAGGAAAGGAGCAGUGCCCACAGCCUUGCUUGUGAAGGAGGGCCCUUUGCGAGAUGCGUUCGUCCUCCAGUGCACACCUGCUUGCUUCACCAUCAUCAGCCUCUCUGGUCGCAUCCCAGUCUAUCAAAAUGUCAAUAGUAGGCAUUGGAUGGGCGACCGUGUGCACGGAAUGCUGGAAACGGCCUCUGAAGGGAACGCGGUUUCAGCAAUUAGUGCUGCUGGAGCCGCUGUGGAUCCCUCGGAUUCAGAGGAGGAUAUUUUACUUCUUAUUUUUAAAUACGACCCAGAUGCAUUGGAGCGGAUGCUGGGUGAAUUGGCUGGCGAGGGCGACGUAUGGAAAGGUGUCGUGCGCGUGCCCCACAGUCUGGCCCCUCCACAAAUUCCUCGCAUCCUCGCGGCCUUGGACACCGCCCCCGCCGCUGCACCUCAAGUCCCAGCACGCAGGGAGCCGCGCCAGCUGCGGCCGCCGCCCUUACCUCAGCUUUCAGCAUCGCAGCAGGAAACCCCCGGUCGCGGCGCUCCGGAGCCUACCAAGCCUUCAUCGCCGCCAACACAUCGCCAGCAGCAGCAGCAGCGUGAGGAGGGGCCCCAGCAGGCGCCCGCGGCUCCCUGCGACACCUCGGCUGCCGCCAACAGCAGCGCUGUCAGAGGCGGAUCCGCUAGCCCGAGGGCGCUGCAGGGGCGGGGUCCAGGGCAGGAGGCGGCGGAGGGCUCAACGCGUGCUGCAGGGGGUGCAGCGGUGCAGGGCGCUGCGGUCGCUUGCCGUGAGGAGCCGCAGGGCGGCUGCUGCGCGGGGCCGGUGGAGCCGGAUAGCUUGCUGCAGGCCUCGCCGCCCCUCACGCCGAGGGCCUCCCGCAGGUCCUUCCGCCUCACCGCGCUCAUGUUGAGCAUGCUGGGCGACAAGAAGGGCGCUGAGCAGUCGAGCACGCUGCCGCCGCCGCCGCAGCAGAAACCACCCGCGCGCCCGGGCCAAACCUCCUCCGGCUCCAAGCUGUUUAUCGGGGCCGUGGGCGGCAGGAGCAGCUCCGACAUAACCGCAGUCGCAAGCGGCCCCCGCGGCCCGCUGGCUGCUCUCCGCCGCAGCGGCUCCUUCACGCACAGCGGCAAGCCGCGCCCGAGCUCCCUCGCCGCCGCCGCCGCCAACCGCUGCCAACUGUCCCGCCCGCAGCCGUCGCCUGGCGUGGGUACCGAAUCGUCCUCCUGUCAAGCAGCAACCAAUCCCGCCGGGGACUCGGAUGCCGGCGCCGAAGACGGCGCGGGGCCCCCACCUGCGCUCCCCAACACCGGCUGCCCCUUUUUCACUAUGUCCCUCUCAGGUCGCCGCUCUGUUUCCUCCGUCAUGCCGUUCGACGUCGAUGCCUCAGAGCACACCGCCGUUCCCAAGCGGGCCAGCUCCUUCUCGGUUGGUCGCGCGGGCCGGCGGGCCUCCAUGCCUCGCCUGCAACCGACGCGCUCCUCCUGCCACUAUGAGGGCAGCGCUCUCCUCAGCGUCCGCGGCCAGUUUGGCGCCGUUGCUGCAGCUUCUGACGCGGCCGCCGGUGAUGGCGGCGGCGAACAGUUGGGACUGGGCGAUGCCGCUGUAGGGCUGCGCGCCGGCUCGCGGGUCAGCGCACACCGCGUCUUGCUGGCUCGCGGCAGCUCCCGCGGGGUUGUGGCGGCGGCGGACAGCCUGUCCACCGGCAGCUUCGCGGGCUCCAACGCGCGCGUGCUUACCUUCGCGGCGCAGCUCAGAACCGCUCCGCCUGCCGCGUUGCUGCUGGCGGGGGUGAGUCAGAGCACCGCCGCCACCGGUGCUGGCGGGGGCUGCUCCGGCGGGGCCAGCAGCGUGGCCACCGUCGUGGGGGACUGCCCCAGCGGCGGCGUCGCGCCGGUCUCCCGCCAUGCCGCCUGCAAGUAUAGCGAUACCAGCGUGACAUCCCGGCGGGGCGGCGGCGGCGGCGGCGGCGGCGGCGGCGGAGCAGAGUUAGUUGUAAUAGACAUGGGCUCGGGGCCCGCACCCUUUGCCGGCUCCACUUCCUCCAUGCAGCCCUGGCCGCAGACCGUGGGCCCCUUCCUGACCGCCACCACGGGUGCACCCAGCACCGCACAGCUGCUGGGCACGUACGAGAGCCUGCCAUGCGGCGACAGCUCGGCACGGGAGCGGCAUGGAGGCGGCGGCGGGGGGGAGGACAGCCAGGGCAGCUAUCCCUUCCUGCUGCACGACCAGGCCUGCAUGGGCAGCCCGCCGGGUCCCCGCAACGGCGGCAGCGCCACGGUGUUGGACUCCUGGCUGGGGCGUAGCGGCGCGUCGCCGCGGGGAGGCAGGCGGGCACCGAUCGCCGGCGGCGGCGGCAGCACCCAGCCCCCCUCACCACUGCACCCCACAUCCGCCGCUGCCCCAGCAGUCGCCGUGCCUCGCUCCGCCUCCGCUUCCGCCGGCCACGCCAACCCGCAUGCGCUGCCUGGCGCGGAGGCCGCCGCCUACCGCAGCCACACCACCGCUGACAGCGGCAGCCAUGCGGGUCCCCGACGCAGUCUCUCCCUGCCGCGUCCCUCCUCCUCGCAGCUCUCCGGCAGCACCCACCUGCGCAACUCCAACCUGGGUGGCGUGGCGCCGCACGCCCUCAGCGCUUCCAACGCCGGCGGCGGCUCCUCGCUACGCCCCUCCUGCGGCAACGUGGAAUCCCUGCGCGGCUGCUCCCGUCUCGUGCAUGAGGGCCCUGCAGGGCUGGGUGCCGGAGGUGGCGCGGGGCCCUGCGGCGGAGGCGGCGGUGGCUCCUCCCGCGCCACCUCCGCCUCCCUGCCGCCGGAUCUGCUGGCUACAAACAGCAUGGAGCAGCCAGGGGUGGGGGCUGCGGGGGCUGUGAUGCCCCCCCAGAGUGCGGUGAGGCCAGGCACGGCUGCUGGUGCUAGUGUCGCCGGGGGGCAUGUAGAGGCACGGGCCGGCAUUAGCGUCAUGGCGUUGAGGCCCAAGCUGGCCGCUGCCGAGGCCAGCGGCGGCGGCGGCACUGGGGGGGGUGCUGGCGGGGGGACGGAGAGGGCGUCGGAGGCGGUUGGAGAGCCCACUCUGCAGCUGACGCAGGUGCGCGGGUCCAAGGAGAGUGAGGAGGGCGAGGGCCCGCCGAGGCGGGUUACGGCGGCGGGUGGCGGCACGCUGGAGCGGCUGAAGUGCGCGCUGGCAUCGUUGGACGCGGCAGACCGGGCUGAGCGGCGGCGGGAGCUGCGGGUGGAGCGGCAGCGGGAGCGGGAGUGCGAGGAGGGGCAGGAGCAUGGGCAGCAGCUGGAGGAGGGAGAGGAGGGUGGCGAGGAGGAGGAUGAAGAUGAGGAGUGCUGGCAUGAGAUCUGGGCGACGCGCGCGGUGGAUCCUCUGAGCGGGGAGGACGUACUGGUGCUGGUGCAGCACGACGUGAGCGCCAAGGUGGUCGCCGAGCGCCACCUGGCCCUGGUCAUGGAGACGGAGCACCGCCUGCUGGAGCAGCUCUUCCCGCGCCACAUCCUGCAGUACAUCACAGAGGACUUUGUGGCCACUGCGGCGGCGGCAGCAGCGGCCGGCAACCGGGCGGCGGACCUGCUGGCCAGCGGCGCGACGUGGCGACCCACGGUUCGCAACUGCAAGGCGCUGUCCACCUGGCACCCGCAGGUCACACUGCUGUUCGCGGACAUCAAGGGCUUCACCCCCAUGUGCAAGGACGUGGAGCCCUGCGCUGUGAUGACAAUGCUCAACGACCUCUACUCGCGGUACGACAAGAUGCUUGACACGUACGGCGUAUUCAAGGUGGAGACCAUUGGCGACUGCUACUUUGUGGCGGGCGGGCUGGUGGACGAAGACGAGGACGGCAUGGCGGCGGUGCGGGACGGCAGUCGGGUGGAUCCGCUGCACGCGCACAAGGUGUUUGGAUUUGCAAAGGCCAUGCUGGCGGCGGCCCGCCAGGUGCUCAUGCCCACCAGCGGGGAGCCGGUGGAGAUCCGCAUCGGGAUCCACUCGGGGCCUGUGGUCAGCGGAGUGGUGGGCACCCGCAUGCCGCGCUUCUGCCUCUUCGGCGACACCGUCAACACCACCAGCCGCAUGGAGAGCAGCGGCACCCCCGGCGCCAUCCACGCCAGCGAGGCCGCUUGGCAGCUGCUGCGCGAGGAGGCGGCCUGGGAGGCCACCGGGGGCAUCCAGGUGAAGGGCAAGGGACUCAUGCAGACCUACGUCUACCACCCCCCGGCCCCUCCCGCGCCCGCGCCCUCGCCCUCCGCCUCACACGCUCCCACCACCUCCGCAUCCGCCACCCCCUCGCCGCUUGCCUCAAUUGCGGCCGCCUCCGCCUCUACCUCGGGGCAUGCCCUGUCAUGCGCCUCCGCCGCCUCCACCGCCACCGUCGCGGCUGACGUCACCGCCGCCGCCAACACCCUGCCCACUGCCACAUCUCUGGUGGUGCUGCCGCUGGCGCCCCCGGCCUUCGCCUCCGUUUCUGCCGCCGACGCUGACCGGCCUACAGGCACCGCUCCUGCCGCCGCCGGUUUCAACACGCAGGAGGCAGCGGCGGAGGGCCUCAGCGAGCAGCAGCAGCUGACCCAAUGCCCCUCGUCGCCCCAAACGCUGCCGGACAGUCAGGUGGUGUCCUCUCAGGGCAUCAGCACUACGUGUGCUGACCUGGUGGCGGCGGCGGAGGCGGUGGCGGGCAUGGGGGCGCCCGGGGAGACGUCUGCCGAGACGCUGCCGGGGGUGUCCUCGGUGGCGUUCGAUGUGGGCUCGGCGCCGCUGGAGCUGCCGGAGUUGCAGAUCGAGCUCAUGUUUGGCAGCAGCGCGGGCAGGGCGCCAACGGCGGUGGCGGGCGGGAGUGAAAGCGUGGUAAUGGGGUUGGGUAGCGGCGCGGAUUAUGCCUCGUUGCAGCAUGCCGUCGGUAGCCGGAUGGGGGCGGGGUCGGGGUUGGGGUCGGUGGCUCGGUCCAGGUUUGAGGGGUUUGCGUCCGGGAACGGGAGCAGUGGGGGCUGGAGCUCCGUUGCGGCAGCGGCGCCAGCGGCGACGUUCAAGCUUGGUGCGAUGGAGGAGGUGUUAGAGGAGGCGCUGUGAGGGCUGUGUGUUGGGCGCGGGGGGGUGACGGGGCUGGUAGGAAGGGGUCCGAGAACGGAGUGUUUCUUGGGCGUCUGAGCGACCUGGCUGAAAGUGUUUGGUAAUGUACUGCUCACUUGGCUUGAAUCCAAUUUAAUGUAUAAGUAGCAACCGGGAAUCCAGAACUCCUGUGUGAACCGCGGGUCAUGAUCCUGUUGAGCUAGGCGUUGGGCGGCUUUCUACUGGGUACUGUUGAUGACUUCUCGCUUGAUUGCUGAUGUUGGCUUGACUAUGCAGCGGCUAUGUGUGCAGUCUGCUGCUUGCCUCAGUCGCAAUUGUGUCGUGCAUGAUGCCGCGGGGCAUCUUUGCCGCUUGAAUCCACGGCUUUGCUCGCGCGUGAGACAAUUGGUUUCGCUUGAGGGGAUGUUGACACGGCCAGGGUACACGGGUCCAGGGGACUUUGCCGCAGCUGAUGUUAGGGUUUCUGUGUGUGCAUUGCAGCGAGGAGACCCACGGGUCAUUCCGACGGUGUGUGUUACCCCGGGUCCCGGCAGAGGUAUCUUGUUCGCCUCUCACCCCACCUAGUUAUAGCACAUGUGAUUGCAGUGACACGGGGGAGGACGCGGGGGAAGACUGCCAGUUGAACGCAAGGUUGACAGAGUGUCCGCAAGCGCAUACGAUGUGUAAGGUAACGGAAUGGGCAAGGAGUGCGAAGAGUGCGUUUCUGUUCUUUGUUGGUCCUCCAACGGGAGUCUCGGUGCUCGUCUCAGUGCGGUGUGAUUGACUGCUUCGCAGCGAUAUGUCCAUUUGUCAAAGGAGAGGAGGGGCUGAGGACGGGAAAGAAGAGGACCUUGGGGGCACCGUUGUGGCCCGUUACAGGGGCUUCUUGACUGUUUUGGUUACUGGUUUUUUUCUUAGCGAGUGGUAGUGGGAAGGGAGACUGACACGCACUCACAUCGGGCGGCCAGUUUUCUUAACACUUGGUGCCCAACUGACGGUGCUUACGAAGGCCCCCCACCCGCUGGUUGGCGGAUCAGGCAUUUGAUGCCGUAGCGUGCUUCCAAGCAGGCUUUCGUUUGCACAUUAUUGCACCCAAGUUGCUUUUAUCAAAGGGGGGUUUGCAUUGCAGGAGAACCAGCGUUCCCGAAAUGCCGCGUUACUGGGUGAUUGCGUGUGAUAACAAAACUCGUCCGUUUAUGUAGCGAGGUGCGGGGAUUGGGUGAAGCAUAGGCGGGAGGCGGGCAGCCGGGCACCGAUGCGGUUGCUUCGGGGUUAUGACUGAAGCGGGGUCCUUUGUUUCUUCGGUGCGUGCAACGUGACUGGAAUUUUGCAAUUCGUGCUACAAUGAUUUUGCAAUUCGUGCUACAAUGAUUUUGCAAUUCGUGCUACAAUGAUUUCAAUAUUAUGGGCGUGAUUCAAUUAUGGAUGUUUCAUUGCUUCACGCUCCUGCCGAGGAGCAGAGCAGCAACUUGCAACUUUAUCCUAAAUGUGUAUGAAUGCGUCGCAGUCCUAUGGAAAAGGCGAAGAACAUGGAGCGGCGGAUGAGCGGCGAAAACAUUGCGAGAAAGCGGGUCGGAGGGGGCUGCGGCAACGGGGGUGGGGAUGGGGAGACUGAUUGUUAGGGAUUGUCGGGCAAUCCCGGCGCAUCCCGGACCAUCUUCGGCGCAUGUUGGUGGGAUGGGGUGGGAUGAGAACUGCGAUGAGAGGUAUGAUGCGAAUGGGAGUGCAGUGUAUUGGGGUGUGGUCAAUAGACAGAAACCAGACCAAACCUUGGGUGCUCGAAGAUGGGGGAUGGCUACGAUGCAGUGGAGUGGUUUGGGGCGGGGUGCACCGGCGGGCGGUUCCUUGGGUCUCCGCUCGUGGCUGAGAGGGAGCCGGGAUGGCGGUUGUGGGCGGUUGCAAUGUUUGCCGGAGUUGACACAGAGGUGACGAGUAUUGCGGAGGCGGGACUGUUGACUGUGAGGGGGCAGCCCUAAUAGCAACGCAGCCAGACAGUGGGGAUGGCGCAUGAGGUGUUCUCGAAAGACUUGCUCUGCCCCCGCGUGCGGCGAUGCCACUUGCGUUGCCAGAAGGAGCGGCGGUGCCGGGUGAGGCCACCAAACACUGGCGGGGUGACGGUGACAAGAAAACUGAUAGCCUCGAGCCGGAACGUACUGUGGUUGUUGGAAGAUGAUGUCCCCACCAAAACGGUUGUGUGUGUUCGGGUUUUCCCACCCGGUUAAUGAGGUGCCGGCGGCACAUCUUGAUGCCGGUUGCGUAUUAUUGUGGAUGCGGUGAAAACUGGUCGGUAGGUGUAUGAUAAGAGGUGGGGUAACCAAAACCUGACCACGAAAUGCAACGUAUUGGAAGCUGCGGAAGAUGGUUCAGCGUGUGUUUAAGAAAACCGGUGGCGAGGUGUGUGUUAUGACAACUACUGGAGUGGUGUGUGUGUGGUGUGUGCGGCAGUUGAGGCAUGCAGGUGCUUGCAGGGACCAUGCGGGAUGUGGCCAGAAUAGUGGUAGUGGUGGUGGUGGUGGAUACGCAGGCAUGUCGUGGGUUUGAGCUGGAGGGCGAAUUUGAUUCAUCCCGAGAAGCAUGCGACGGUUCAAACGGGGGACACUUUGUACGCGCGGUGUUCAGCAACUGCGCGAUUUUGAUAAAGGUCAGGGCCUCAACGACUUACCUUAAUGCGCUGAUGUGUGAUGAUGUGGUUGCUCAGUAACGCGUGGAUGGAUGGAUAAGAAAGGGGGCGUAGAAGGGGGCAACAGGCUUACCCGUAUGUGGUCUCACCUUUGUCGGUGUGCAUGCGCCGGGUAUUGGGGCCCGUGUGAAUGCUCCCUCGCUGACGGGUGUGUCUCGUGAAGCAGGCUGCGACCACAUGCAAGCGUCUUGUUGGGGAGCUGCGCGUGAUUGCUUGUUGCGAUUGCUUGUUGGUAUGCGAUGGUUAAGGAACCGGUACUGCGCCAUGACCAGGAGGCUGUGAGCGGCAAACGACGCGGUGGCAAUGUGCGGAGAGAGGAGGAGUGGUUGCAGCUCCAUGGUUGGUUGAUGGGUGGUGUCCUUGGUGCCAUGGUGUGUUGGUGAUGUCUUGAUGCCAUCCUGGCGAUCGACCGAAUGGUU